AUGUCCUUCGCAAGCUAUUCGUUUGAUGGGACCGUCCAGGCAAUUCCCCUGGUGGAAACCAACCAUCAGAGAGCCCUCCGCCCAGUCUUCAUCAAGCAGCGCAAACUGGGCGGCAAACGGGGCAAGACUUUGCGAGCUUUUUCCAGGUUCGUCCUAGUACCCGUUGUCGAGAUCGCCUUAAUCCUCGACGACGACGACGACGACGACGACAGCGACGCCGACUAUGACGACGACGACAGCGACGUGUCCACCGUCAUCGAUAUCGGCCUCGCCCACUGGGGUGUACAAGUGGGAGACUAUCUGUGGGAGCUUCACACCGACCGGAAGCAUGCCAAGACGCUCUCGAUGCAGAGACUCACCAGGUCGCAAAUUUGGAGGGCGGACGUGGGAGAAGAGGAGGUCGGCAACACCAAUAUGACUGAUGUAGAGAUUGACAGAGCAGCCCAUGCUGCACUCGAGAAGAUGAAGACGAAGUGCGGAGGCAAAUACAGCCAGGUUGGCAAUAACUGUCACGAUUUUACUCCAAGGGCACUGUGGCGAGCGAGUACGGCCGCCCUGAAACUCGUCGCCAGAGCUGUGACGCUGCCAUACUACCAGCUCUUCCGGCAGAUGACCCUUCUCCCGGUGCGCUCCAUUGCAGCCAGCGUCAGGGAUGGCGACGACCCCGAAGUCAUCGCCAAGAAGCUGCGUCUAUGGAGGGAGAGAAAGUCUGCCGAAUUCCAGAUAGUUCAAGUCGCUGGAACCCUUCUUGCCGCCGCCGUCAUCGGCUCCUUCUCGUGGGACGGCAGCCAACAGCCGCACUGGAUCGGCCCCGCGGCUUGGUAUUGCUCGCUCAUCCUGUCCUUCUCGGCGGUGCUCCUCGCGUCCUCGCAGGCCUCCAUCUUCCGGGCCGUCAGCGACUCGGUCAGCCGCGAGCAUGGCUUCUCGCUCGUCCAGGAGCUAGCCUUGGUGAUGGCGGUCCAGCGCACGGAAGAUGACGCGGAGCUGCCGCUUACUCGAGGCUUGGAGUCUGCUCGGGUGCGGUGGAACCUCGUUUUUAUCUGGCAGGCUCCGACCAUGAUGAUGUCGUAUUCUAUCAUCGGGUUCCUCGUCGGGCUGGUAGUCUACGUGACUGCUCCGCUGUACAACCAGGAGUCUUUUCAUGGCUCGAGCAAGGCCGCCGUCGUGUUUCUGCUGUGCGCGGGCAUCUCGGGCUCCAUGUUCAUGUGGUGUUCCUUUUGGGGAUACAGAUUCGAGGAUCCCCAAACGAGAAUCUUCUAA